AUGGCAUCAAAGGCAGGCGAAAAGAGCAUCUCCGCCUAUGGAGAGGCUCGUUCAACAGUGGAAGGGAAGCCUCUCGACGCCGAGACAGUCCGUAAGAUGAAUGCCUGGUUUCGUGCCAGCAUGUACCUAUGUUUGGGUAUGCUUUAUCUUCGCGACAACCCACUCCUCAGGGAACCUCUCAAGCUAGAGCAUCUCAAAGCUCGGCUCUUGGGUCAUUGGGGUUCUGAUGCCGGGCAAUCUUUCACCUGGAUGCACAUGAACCGUCUCAUCAAGAAGUACGACCUCGAUGUUCUUUUCGUUUCAGGCCCCGGACAUGGUGCCCCCGGAAUCAUCUCACAAUCUUAUCUUGAGGGUGUCUACUCGGAAGUCUACCCAGAUAAAGGCGAGGAUACAGAGGGCAUGACGAAGUUCUUCAAACAAUUCUCUUUUCCUGGUGGGAUUGGAAGCCACGCAACCCCCGAGACACCUGGAAGUAUUCACGAGGGAGGUGAGCUGGGAUAUUCACUGUCGCAUGCCUUUGGCUCGGUCUUUGACAACCCUAAUCUCAUCACUUUGACCAUGGUUGGAGACGGCGAGUCUGAGACCGGCCCACUUGCAACCAGCUGGCACAGCACAAAGUUCCUGAACCCGAUCAAGGACGGAGUAGUUCUGCCCGUUCUCCAUCUCAACGGAUACAAGAUCAACAACCCGACGGUACUUGCACGAAUCAGCCACGACGAACUUUCUUCCUUGCUCGUUGGCUAUGGAUGGAAACCAUACUUUGUGGAGGGAAGUGAAUUGGACAGCAUGCAUCAAGCCAUGGCGGUUACACUCGAGCAAUGUGUCACGGAGAUCAAGGAGCAUCAGAAGAAAGCCAGAGAGACAAAGACCUCGUUCCGACCCCACUGGCCAAUAAUCAUUCUACGCACACCCAAGGGAUGGUCGGCUCCACGGGAGGUUGAUGGCCAUCUUCUCGAGGGAUUUUGGCGCGCGCAUCAAAUUCCUAUCACUGAUGUCCGCACUAACCCCUCUCAUCUUAAGGUGUUGGAAACAUGGAUGAGGGCCUACAAGCCAGAAGAGCUCUUCGACAAGAAUGGUACAUUGAUUCCGGAACUGAAGGAACUCGCGCCCACGGGUAACUCGCGGAUAAGCGCCAACCCUGUUGGUAAUGGAGGUCUUCUGCGCCGGCCGCUCCAUAUUCCCGAUUUCCGAGAGUACGGGUUUAAGGAUAUUGAUCCUGGGCUGACAAUCAAGGGAGGCAUGGCCAACAUGGCGAAAUUCCUUCGGGAUGUAGUGGCCCAGAACAUGCACAACUUCCGGCUCUUUGGCCCCGAUGAGACUGAAUCUAACAAGCUUUCUGAGGUGUACAAAGCAGGCAAGAAAGUCUGGAUGGGGGACUACUUCGAAGAAGAUAAAGAUGGAGGAAAUCUAUCUCCCGAUGGCCGCGUGAUGGAGAUCCUCAGUGAACAUACCUGUGAGGGAUGGCUGGAAGGCUACAUCCUUUCUGGGCGGCACGGACUGCUAAACAGCUAUGAGCCUUUCAUCCACGUCAUUGAUUCUAUGGUGAAUCAGCAUUGCAAGUGGAUCGAGAAGUGCCUUGAGGUAGAGUGGAGAGCCCGAGUCUCGUCUCUUAACAUCCUUAUCACCGCUACUGUUUGGAGACAAGACCACAAUGGCUUCACCCACCAGGACCCCGGAUUCCUCGAUGUGGUGGCUAACAAGAGCCCCGAGGUGGUUCGCAUCUAUCUCCCGCCCGAUGGCAACACUCUCCUAUCUGUGAUGGACCACUGUCUCCGUAGUGUCAACUACGUGAAUGUGAUCGUCGCGGAUAAACAAGAGCACAUCCAGUUCCUGGACAUGGAUGCAGCCGUCGCGCACUGCACCAAGGGUCUCGGAAUCUGGGACUGGGCGAGCAACGACCAAGGAGCAGAGCCGGAUAUUGUGAUCGCAUCCUGCGGUGAUGUUUCAACACACGAAGCCCUAGCCGCGACCGCACUACUACGUGAACAUCUCCCGCAGCUCAAAGUCCGUUUUGUUAAUGUGGUGGAUCUAUUCCGACUGAUUUCUGCCAUUCACCAUCCUCACGGAAUGUCCGAUAAGAGAUGGAAGUCCAUUUUCACCACCGACAAGCCCAUCAUAUUCAACUUCCACUCCUACCCUUGGCUCAUUCACCGACUCACGUACAAGCGACCUGGUCAACAUAACCUGCAUGUGAGAGGGUACAAAGAGAAGGGCAACAUUGACACCCCAUUUGAACUGGCUAUGCGCAAUGAGACCGAUCGAUACAGUCUCGCUAUGACUGCCAUUGAUUUGGUUCAAUCUCUUGGGAACACGGCAGCUGGCGUGAGAGAGAAGCUGUACAAUGAACAGCUUGCUGGCAAGUCCGAGGCUUUUGAUAAUGGGGUUGAUCCCGAACAUAUUCGCAACUGGAAAUGGCCUUUCUCGAAAGUACCUCACAUCCACCAUCCCCAAGUCCCCCACACCCAUACCCACACGGUUAUCCUUCUACAUGGUCGUGGCAGUGAUGGCCCUGAGUUCGCCGAAGAGCUUUUCUCAUCUUCAACCUCAAAGGGCAAAAACCUACCCUCCUGUCUACCCUCCUAUCGCUGGGUCUUUCCAACCUCACGCGACCGAUGGAGCACUACAUUCGAAGAGAAGAUGUGCGCCUGGUUCGACGCCUACUCCUUGGACAAUAUCCACGAACGACAGGAACUACAGAAAGACGGAAUAAAAGAGUCAGUCUUACACAUUCUCAAUAUUCUCGAGGAUGAAGCUCGACUGUUAGAUCGGCGAUUUUCCCACAUCUAUCUUGGAGGCAUGAGCCAGGGGAUGGCAACCGCCUUGUGGGCGUUCUUAGCUGCAACUGCGACGGGCCGGAUCCGAGUACCACUAGGUGGUCUACUAGGAUUUUGUGGUUGGCUGCCAUUCGUGCAGCAGCUAGAGCAGUUACUAUCCGAUCCAUCCCUUACUCCUAGCAGCUCUCAGGCACAGACUCUAAUAUCUGCGUUCUACUUUGAUGAAAUUGCCGAGAUAUCUCGCUCUAACCAGCCUGAAAGUAAGGGUAAGGGUUUAUCUACGCCUGUGUUUCUAAGUCAUGGAUCAGACGAUCCAUGGGUAUCUGUGGAGCUUGGACGGCAGGCAUGUCAAGUUUUACGGAGGAUUAUGGGACGCGUGGACUGGCAGGAGUUUACUGGCGCAGAGUGUGACGGCCAUUGGGUUAAGGAACCCGAAGGCUUUGACCAUAUCCUGAAGUUCCUUGAAGGUGGCUAUACCUAG